AUGCUUUUUUUUUUUCUGUUAUUUUUUUGUUUUAUAUCUUUCACUUGUUCCUUUCAUUCAUUCUUUCUUUCUUUCUUUAAUAAUAUUUUUCUUUCUUCAUUUUUUUCUAUUAUUUGUUUUUCUACUCUGCAUUCUUUUUCUUUCUUUCUUUCUUUCUUUAACAAUAUUUUUCUUUCUUUCUUCAUUUUUUUCUAUUAUUUGUUUUUCUACUCUGCAUUCUUUUUCUUUCUUUCUUUCUUUCUUUCUUUCUUUAACAAUAUUUUUCUUUCUUUCUUCAUUUUUUCAAUUAUUUGUUUUUCUACUCUGCAUUUAUCCGUUCUUUCUUUCUUUCUUUCUUUCUUUCUUUAUUUAUUUAUUUAUUUCUUCCUUUCUUCCUUCCUUUCUUUAACAAUAUUUUUCUUUCUUUCUUCAUUUUUUCUAUUAUUUGUUUUUCUAUUCUGCAUUUAUCCCUUAUUUCUUUCUUUCUUUCUUUCUUUCUUUCUUUCUUUCUUUCUUUCUUUAACAAUAUUUUUCUUUCUUUCUUCAUUUUUUUCUAUUAUUUGUUUUUCUACUCUGCAUUCUUUUUCUUUCUUUCUUUCUUUCUUUCUUUCUUUCUUUCUUUCUUUCUUUCUUUCUUUCUUACUUUCUUUCUUUCUUUUAACUUUUUUUUUUCUUUCUUUCUUCAUUUUUUCUAUUAUUUGUUUUUUACUCUGCAUUUAUCCGUUCUUUCUUUCUUUCUUUCUUUCUUUCUUUCUUUCUUUCUUUCUUUAUUUAUUUAUUUAUUUAUUUCUUCCUUUCUUCCUUCCUUUCUUUAACAAUAUUUUUCUUUCUUUCUUCAUUUUUUCUAUUAUUUGUUUUUCUACUCUGCAUUUAUCCGUUCUUUCUUUCUUUCUUUAUUUAUUUAUUUAUUUAUUUAUUUCUUCCUUUCUUCCUUCCUUUCUUUAA